AUGAAACAACACACAAUCACGCACAUAAUCACAAUCCUACCAUCCACGAGCCUAGAGUCAGGCACUCACCUCGGAUUUGGAUUGAACAAGGGGAAAAAGAAGGUCAUGAUGAACAGUGACGACAGAAAACAACGAAGAACACGACACAGCAGCCACCAGCACGAACCCAAGCCUCAGAUCGACGGCGAACAGCCUCCGAUAGAUCCUCCAAACACCAAAACGCCUCCAAAAAUCUCCUCUCCUCUCAAUUGGCCCACUAAACAACAAAAUCAGGACGAAGAAAGCGGCUGUGCAGGUUUUUAA